GAACCUUCACUAAUGCACUCAUAAUUUCUUCAAGAAAUGUAACAAGUGUACAAGAGUUACAAAAGGAAAGACAAAAACAUUUGACUAAAGCUCAUGAGUAUCACGAAAAUGAUAUCGUAUUAUUAUAUGAUUCUGCUAAAAGACAAGUGUAUAGACAAAAUUUUAAUCCUAAAUGGACAGGACCAUUUUGGAUAGAAAAGAAGUUAGAUGCAUGUAAUGCUGAAGUUGACUUUGACCUUGAAUUAUAUGAUAAAGGAGAUAUCCUAUCUCUUGUAAGUGUUGCCAUUGAUACUACAAAAACAAAUGGACAACGACUCUUUGCAUACUUGAAAUCUUGGUCAUUAUUAUCAAAAGAUCUUGUUAAGCGACAACUAACUAUGAAACAACUGAAACAAGAAGUUCAACAAAUAACUGGUCAAAAUGGUGCUCGAUUCUUAACUGUUGUAAAUAGAGUGCAGAGAUUAUUGUCUGUACUUGGAGAAUUUUCAAUUCCUCAAUUUAGAUAUAUUACCCCUAAUUGGUUAUAUCAUUUAACUAGU